AAAGAAGUCAAGCCCCGAUUAGAGGGCGCGGUGACCCAUGCCUUAAAAGCUAGCAUUGUUCGGCACCUGAGAAAAGUCCUGUGUUGUUUCUCCCUCCAGGCGAUCUUUCUUCUCUCUACGGUGAUGACUGAGGUCAGAUAUCAGUCAAGCUUGUAACUUAGUCUUGGGAGAUCCUCUUAGAACUACCCCGCAAUCCACCUGCCAAGCUCAGCCACCAUGGACGCCACAGGGUUCCGUGCAAUGCUUGGCGCAAAAGCCACCACAUUCAGGAACGCCUUCCGCAGUCGUGAAGGCUUCAAGUUCUUCAUCGAAACCCACGACACCGCAUUGGACAAGCAUGGCCAUCCAGGAACGAAACAGUCAUGGAGCAACGAAGAUUUGGAUCCCACGCCGCCGGAGAAGAGGACGUGGAGAUGGUGGAAUUUCGUGACCUUUUAUCUUGGGUUGUCCUUUGGAAAUUGGACCUUGGGUAGUACCAUGGUUGGAAUCGGGCUCAAUUGGUGGGAGAGUAUACUUGUGAUCUUUGCCAGUCAGCUCAUAUCCUCCGUCGCCAUGUUCUUCAACUCGCGUUGCGCAAGCGUCUACCACAUUGGAUAUCCCGUUGUCGCGCGAAGUGUCUUUGGCAUGUGGGGAAGUUACUACUUCGUGGGAGCUCGAGCGGCAUUAGCGAUCAUCUGGUACGGAGUACAGCUGUAUUCGGGAGCCUCGUUCAUGGCGAAUAUCCUUCGUUGCAUAUUUGGUCACAGCUAUACCGAUAUUCCGAAUCACAUCCCGGACUCAGUGGGCAUCACAACCCAGGGGAUGUUGGCAUUCUUCCUGUUCUGGCUGGUACAUUUCCCAUUCUGCGCUUUCCGACCAUACCAAUUGCGGGGUUUUUUCUGGUUCAAGUCCAUCAUUGUCCUUCCGGCCGUCUGGGGAUUAUUCAUCUUCUGUAUGGCCAACACCAAGGGGAACGUCGGAUCCGUUUAUGCUUCCAAGAUUACUGGCAGCAAAGGAUGGUUUAUCAUGUAUGCAAUCAACAGCGGGAUGGGAAAUACUGCAACACUGAUCACCAAUCAGCCAGACAUUGCUCGAUGGUCCAAGACAGAAUCCGGAGCCCAAUGGUCGCAACUGGUAACUCAACCCUUGUCUGUUACUCUUUCGGCAUCACUGGGUAUUCUCGCAACUGCCGCAAUCAAUAAUACCUGGGGCUUGGAUCUGUGGAAUCCUUGGGACUUACUCGGUGCGAUUCUCGAUAGAUAUUGGUCCGCGAGCACCCGAUUUGCGGUCUUCCUCUCAGCUUUCGUCUGGAUGGUGUCUAUUCUUGGAACAAAUAUCGCUGCAAACAUGAUUCCGUUCGGCUCGGACAGCAGCAUGUUAUUCCCUCGAUACAUUACUAUCCCGCGUGGACAGUAUAUUGUCGAGUUUCUUGCGUUCGCCAUCUGCCCAUGGAAGAUUCUGUCCUCCGCUUCUGUUUUCACGACUUUCCUGUCUGGAUAUGGUCUGUUUAUGGCAAGCGUUGUUGCUAUUAUGAUCUGCGAUUAUUAUCUCCUUACCAGAGGUAACGUUUUUAUUGGAUACCUCUAUGAUGGAACCAGGUCAAACAAACAUUACUAUUAUCAUCGCGGAUGGAACAUUCAAGGUGUCAUUGCCUACCUCUGUGGCAUUGCCCUGCCAUUUCCAGGCUUUGUCGGUACACUAGGAGCGACGGUUUCAACAGGUGCGACCGAUCUUGGCAGGCUCGGAUGGCUGUUGUCCUUCGCUGUCAGCUUCGUGGCUUAUUAUGCUCUUUGCAAGGUUUGGCCGACUAAGAAUCAGAAGUUAAUUAAAGAGAUGGGAUUGAGAUGGGAAGAGCAGAAAGGUGAUACUGUCGUGGCUGCUGAUGGGACCCGGAUUGUUGAGGAAGGAAAGAUUAUACGUGUACUGGGAGAAACCUCAGAUGGUACCGAAAUGGGUCAAGAGGCUUAUGUGGUGGAUAAGAAGUAUUGAAGAACGGGGUACAUGUCAGAGAGGGAUUCAGGUGUGAGGGUACUUGUUCCGCCA